AUGCCCCGCAACGCGAAGAAGCAAACUCGGCUUGCAUUUGCGAACGCCGCCCCCUCUCGUUCACCAAAUGAGAGCGAGAAGGACCGGUAUGCUCGACUUUCAUAUCAACACCCUACACUAGGGACUGUGCGACUCGACAUGGCCCGUUCAAAGAGUCGCUCAUCUUUGCCUGCAAAGGUGAGCGCACUCAGUUCAAAGUUCCCUCGGGAGAAGCCCUCUGUGACGGAUGACACGCGCCAGAGAAAGGGGAUCGAAAAAGGCAAGAGAGGGACAAGAGCGAUAUCAAUGGAGGAGAGUGAGGAAGAAGCAGCCAAGGCAGAAGAGGCAAGGGACGGCAUUGAUACACACGGAAAAAGCAGCAUGAAUGCCCAGCAACCGGAAGACUCCUCUGAAGACGAAAUAGUCGUUCCUGGCUCUUCGAAGCGCGCGCGGCACGCGGUCAAUACCGAUUUGAAUUCUACGGAGCCCGCUGAACGUACGAAGGCAGAAACGUCAGGUAGUCCACCUCCAAAUUCACGCAAACGCGCAAUUACAAUUGAGUCGACGGAUGAGGAGGACGGGGAUGGGAAUGACAGUCCAAAGCCUCGUCGCAGGCUGAAGCGCAGAGCUGAUCGCUCUUCGGUCGUGCUGAGCGACUCUGACGAUUCCGAGCCGGUGGUAUCUUCGCCUGUGAAGAGGCAACGUCGUAUCUCACCUACAGGAACGCCGCAAACACCGCACACUUCAAGAAAUCAGGAUCAGCAAGAACUAGAGGAUGAUGUGAAGGAUCUUCGAGACUCGGUUGUCAAAGAGACUCGGACACGCGGUGGAGUGUAUGAAUCAGCAAGAGACAAGAAGUUGAAGUUACUUGAAACGCUUCGCCGUCGGCGCGCCGGCCAUAAAGUAGAGGACGAGGAAGAGCCUGAAAACGAGGCGAGCGACGAAGACGAAGAUGUAGCUCCGCGCUCAAGCCCAACGAGACAAAUCUUCGGCAAAAGGCUCAACUAUGACGAUGACAGUGACGCGGAGUCAGAAAUGGACGCCAACGAGGAUCUCGAUCGGUAUGAUGAUGACUUCGUAAUGGAAGACACAGAGCUUGGUGUCCCGACCGAGGAAAUUCCGUUAGAGUUCACUCGACAUGCAUACAAGCAGCCAAGAGAAUACUUCCGCGACGUCGUCGGCUGGAUGGUUCACAACUGUAUCAAUCCAGCGUUUCCCCGAGACGAUGCAAUGUAUCGCAUUGCGUUCCAAAAGCUAGGCGAUGAAGUCAAAGGCCGCGCUGGAUCAUCGUUGAUCUCCUCGGCUUGGACACCUCGGUUCCGUCAAGUCCUUCUCGCCAGACCUCAUUUAGAGAUCACGAGCUUCCCAACAUCCAUGAUGCAUUCCUGUGACGCCUGCAACCGAUCCGGCCACCCUGCAUCAUCUGACUUAAAGUUCUACGGCAAGCCUUACUUUGAAGAGACUCUGGAGCCUCUAAAUGAGGACUCGUCCGACUCAAGUGAUGAGAAUAACAGCGGCGACGAUGAAGACGAGUCGGGCGUGGAGCGUGAUCGUGAUGGCAACGUCCUUCCAGAGGAGAACGCUCGUUUCUAUCUGGGAAAAACAUGCCGUGCAAACGCUUAUAUGGCCCAUCUUCUCACUCACUGGAAAUUCCAACUCAACGAGUGGGUUGUUGACUACCUCCGCCGAAUGGGCCAAAUGGAGGAUUCCGAGAUUCUGCGCCGCGCAAAUAUGAGCCAGAAACGCAGUACAAGAAAUGCAAUCGGGAUUUGCAAGAAAAUGGAAGAGGACGGGGAAAUCGAGCGGCUCUACCGUGACUUUCACAUUCAUCUCAAAACAGCACGCGAAAAGACGUCAACCAUGGAACUACUGGGAAACAUGGACUGA